AGAAUAAUGUCAUUAUGGACAGCAGGGUUAGUAAUUUUACUUUUGACCAGCAGAAGGCGACUGAUCCGAGCUCGUAUUGAAGAAACUCCGGGGCGGCAGAGGGCGCUGUGCAGCGAGUGGCUGUUUAUGUAUAUACUUACGGGAAGAUGGCGGACUCUGAGGAGCCAAAACCGGGACCUUGCACUUUUCUGUUCAAAAAAUCAACCAAGAAGUUCGCUGGACGAAAGAGACGAGCGAGCGACAGCGAUAAAGAUGACAAAAGUGAUGAGGACCAGAGCUCUGUGGUCAGACGAGCAAAGAAAGACUCUAAAAUCAACCCCAUGAUUCAAAGGACUAAAAGGGUGGAGAGAGAUGCUGUAUCAUCCAGUGACAGUGAAGGAGAAAAAGAGGACCAGAAGAUCACUGUUGCCUACAAGUCCACACGUUCCGCAAAACCCGAGGGACCUGACGACAUGGGUGCAACUGCAACAUAUGAACUGGACACAGAGAGAGACAAGGAUGCUCAGGCGAUCUUUGAGAGGAGUCAGAAAGUCUUAGAGGAGCUGGAGGGAAAAGAGGACGAUAAAAUCUACCGCGGCAUCAACAACUAUCAAAAGUUCAUCAAGCCGAAAGAUACCACCAUGGGCAACGCCUCCUCUGGCAUGGUCAGAAAAGGACCAAUCCGGGCCCCUGAACACCUCAGAGCCACAGUCAGGUGGGACUACCAGCCAGACAUCUGCAAAGACUACAAAGAGACUGGUUUCUGUGGUUUUGGAGACAGCUGCAAGUUCCUUCACGACAGAUCAGACUACAAACAUGGCUGGCAGAUUGAGAGGGAACUGGAAGAGGGCAGAUAUGGCGGCAAUGAUGAUGAGAACUAUGAGGUGAGCAGUGAUGACGAGGAUCUGCCCUUUAAGUGCUUCAUCUGCAGGGAGUCCUUCAAGAAUCCCAUCAUUACAAAGUGCCGGCACUAUUUUUGUGAGGCCUGCGCGCUUCAGCAUUACCGCAAGUCCAAGCGCUGUUACGUGUGUAACACUCAAACCAACGGUGUCUUCAACCCUGCUAAAGAGCUGAUGGCCAAGAUGGAGAAACGGCAAGCUGCAACAGACCAGCCACCAUCAGAUGAGGAAGAUUAGCAACAUCUGAACCUUUUCAGUCCUCCCCUUUUGUGUUUGUCUGUGUAAAUUUGGAAUAAAAAAAAUUUUUUUUAGAUA